AUGCUCUUCUCUCAUACGAUAGAUCUGACCAAGGACUUCUUGCAUCUCAGCACACGUUCGCUCGAUGGUGGCAUUUCGGUUGCCCUCCCUCUGCCAGCGCUGAACGUCACGGUACAUCUUGUCAUACCUGCGCUGCUUUUUCUCUGUGUCGUGGCAGAGCUUGCAAACGUCUCUUUCGGUCCUGGUUUCGUAGACAAGCUUCAGGCCGCAAGUUUCGCCCAUGCGGUAUUCUUUGUUGCACUGCUGACGGAAGUGCCCCCAGCGCCAGUAGCCGCAUGCCCAGCGGGUUUGGUCAAAGUAGCACAUGGCUCAGUGGUUUCGAGUGUUGACGAGAGACUUAGUGGCGAACAAUCGAGGCGAGAAAAGCAGGGUAUCUCUCACUAA